CAGUGUAAGAGAAAUCGAUAACGUGUGUCGCUAAUGCUAUCCGUACCAUUUUUAUCGUUUGGUUAACGUUCUCAGUUUUGGAGUUGUGGCAACGUGUGUUUUCCUUCCACGAGUGUGUAAACAAGAAAGCUUUAUUUCUUACGACUGUAAUAUAACGACACCCUAAAAUGCUAGAAGUAACAUGUAAUGACCGUCUUGGGAAAAAAGUUAGAGUAAAAUGUAAUCCAGACGACACGGUAGGUGAUUUAAAGAAACUAAUAGCUGCUCAAACUGGAACACAUUGGGAAAAAAUUGUUUUAAAAAAAUGGUACACCAUUUUUAAGGAUCACAUAAAACUACAAGAUUAUGAAAUUCAUGAUGGCAUGAAUUUAGAGCUUUACUAUCAAUAAAUAAUUAACAAUUACUAUUACACAAAUCAUUGUUAAAU